UUCAAAUAUAUACAAAAUACUCGUACAAAAUAAAUAGUAAAACAAAAAAGAUAUGAUGACUACUAUCCACCCAGGAGCAAAGAAGCAUUAUAUUAUCAUCCACGCCACCACCUGAUCGAAUGGCAGCUCAAGCUGUGGAGGGUGCAGCAGUUACAGCUCUUCGAUCCGUUUUUCACCGUGUUCGGCAAGCGGCAGAGAGGUCCGGGCGUCACGCUGAAGAUGUUCGGGUGAUAGCCGUUAGCAAGACCAAACCCCCGUCUCUUAUCCGCCAAGUCUAUGAUGCUGGUCACCGCUGUUUUGGUGAAAACUAUGUCCAAGAAUUCAUUGAAAAGGCCCCUCAGCUUCCAGAAGAUAUUGAGUGGCACUUUAUUGGGCAUUUACAGAGCAAUAAGGCUAAAUCUUUACUUGCUGCUGUACCAAAUCUUUCAAGGGUACAUGGUGUCGAUAACUUGAAGAUAGCAAAUCAUCUUGAUCGUGCGGUUUCAAGCAUAGGAAGAAAGCCCUUGGCUGUUAUGGUCCAAGUGAAUACAAGUGGAGAAAUAUCAAAAUCUGGCAUCGAGCCAGCAAGUUGUGUGGAGCUAGUGAAGCAUGUUAAAUUUAACUGCCCAAACCUUGUCUUUUCUGGUUUAAUGACUAUUGGAAUGCCAGAUUACACAUCCACUCCAGAGAACUUUAAGAGUCUAUCGAGAUGUAAGCUUGAGAUCUGCAAGGAACUUGGGAUGCCUGAAAACCAGUGUGAACUUUCAAUGGGCAUGUCUGGCGACUUUGAACUUGCGAUCGAAAUGGGAAGUACAAAUGUAAGGAUUGGAUCAACUAUUUUUGGACCAAGGGAUUAUUCAAAGAAACAGCAGCAGCAAUAAGUUUGUCAUUGAAAGUGCAUCAGCUGGAUUAGUCAUGUUCAUGUUCUAGUUUACAUGUUCCACUUAACAUUGAACAUAACUUACAUGUUCCAGUUUACAUGCUAUACCGUUAUACGCAUGUUACCAAAUGCGUUGGAUAUCUUUAUUUGUAACAUUGAAUACUAGAAGUCCAAAAAAAUCACAAAGUUCAACA